AGAGAGAGAAGUAUAAUCAAUUUCUCCCCUUCCCUAGGUUUUCUAGGGUUCGAGUGAGCGAUUUUCAUCAUCGUCAUCAAAAGGGCAGGGAGAGAAUCGAACUGGAAAGUUUUUAAUGGCGAAGAAAAGGAAGUCUGAUGCGACUUGUCUGGACGAGGUCGAUCGAAUGAUGUACACCACUUUCUGCAGCGCUGCAAAUUCACUGUCGCAGCUUUACACCCAGGCUAUGAAUCAGCAGAAGCUCGUCUUCCAAUCUGGAGAACGCCAUGCCCUGGAUAAACUUUACCAAUGGAUCUUGAGACAACAAGAGGAAGGAUCGAGAGUGAUGACAACUGAUAUACUAGCUUACCUCCAGAAUGAGCUUGACUAUGGUGGAGAGGAACCCCCAAUGUCCCCCAGAUUGCAUUCCCAAAAUCAACAUUCCCUGCCCACAACGCAUGUCAUGAAUGGCAUCCAAGUUUCUUCUGGUUCUUUUGGGCCAGCAACUGUUGGGCAGGGUCCACAUUCGGGGCAGUCUGGUAGUCAAGGGAAGAAUUUAGUUUUCUCGAAUGCUCUUUCAAGUCCUGUUCGCCAUAGUCUUCAGCAUUAUCAUUUGGCUCAAGGAGGCUACCAUCCAAACAGUAUGAUGCCCACUGGAAUGGGACUAGCAGUUGCAGAGAGGAGGUGA